AGAGUUGAUCGGAGCAGAGACAAGACGUUACAUUACAGGCUGGGAUCUUUACUGAAGAACACAGACUCAGUGGAUUGUAGAGAGAAAGUCGAAGGGACUGAACUUUGUGUUUUCUAUGUGGUGAGAAGCCAGCUCAGUGUUGUCAGUGCAACGUAGUCACUGGCUGGAGAAAGAAGAUGGCGGAGGUUCAGAGUGAACGCAGUGGCUCCAGUUUAUCUCAGUGAUGCUUCAUCUGACUAAAUACGGCAGCUGACAGGAAGCCGGCAGAGCUCGCACUGACCUCAGCAGACUGGAGGAGGACACUUACUGUAGUUUAUAUGUAGAGCUGCACAAUUAAUCAUGUUCAGUCAUGAUUUUAGCUUCGAUGCUUCACACACAAUCAUGAUUCAUCAGUGAUAUUGGAACCAUUGGAGUCACAACUGUGGUGCCCUGAUCAAUAAUCAUCAUGAAGCUGGUUCUUAUUCUACAGUGAUAAACUGCUGUUGUCUCUGACUGGACCGUCUGUUAGAUUUGACACUAAAGUGAACUUAUUGUGCAGCUGCAUUAGAAGCAUCAAUCCUCCCUCCAUCUGUGUGUGUUUGGUCUUUACUCUGUGUGACUGCGCCCCCUGCUGGAGCUCAUUCACUCUCUGAGCUGCUUCUAACCUGUCAGUGGGACUCCAGUGCCGUUCCUCUAGUGACAUGCAGGCUCAGUGAAGCAGCGGUCACUCUUGGUGCUGAUGGUCAACAUGUGCUGCUCUCAUGUGUUUUCUCAGCUCUGUACAAAAGGCAACCAUUCUGCACUGACAACACAGAGCCCCAUAGAAAAGCAUGCGAAAUAAUCUUCAUCACAUCAUCAUCACCGCUCAACAUCCUCAUAAUCAUCCUAAGUGCCACAGUCAUUAAUAUAAUCAUCCUGAUCAUCAUAAUCAUCUUCAUUAUAUCAUCUGGAGACAAAAAUUGUUAUAUGCACUUAAAAAGCUGAGAAAAUAGAGAAAGGUGGAGUUUACCAGCAUUCAGUAGAAAAUUGUACUGUUCAUGCUGCUAUUUCUUUAAGUUGUUUAAGUUGUUUAAGUAAAUGUUCUUCGUUAUUUUCAACUGUUAGUAUUUAAUAGUUAAUACGAAGCUUUUUGGUGGCGUAUCCCUUUAGAUCUGUAACACAGGAACAGCACCACCUGGUGGACACACAAAAAAACGACACUUUCAUUUCAUUCAUCUCUCCACCCAUAACACAAGUAAAUGAAAUCGAAAGUAGAUGUGCAGAGUUGAUCAGAGCAGAGACAAGACGUUACAUUACAGGUUGGGAUCUUCACUGAAGAACACAGACUCAGUGGAUUGUCGAGAGAAAGUCGCAGGGAUUGAACUUUGGUGAGUCUUGUAGCUAAUUUAAAGAAAUCUGGAAAUCAGAGGAAAUGGCUGAGAAAGUUGCUCUCUUUGAAAGUUUCCUGAGUUGCCACGUGUGUUCAGAGACUUUCAGAGAUCCUGUGUCUCUGAGCUGCAACCACAGCUUCUGUUCAAGCUGCCUGAAGAAAUUCUGGGAACAAGCUAAAAACAAAAACUGUCCCAUUUGUAAAAGAAAAUCCUCAAAGGAUUAUCCAUCCAUGAACUUUUCUCUUAAAGAACUCGCUGACUCCUUUGCUGAGAGGCAGAACAAUGGUUCACCUGAGACAGAAAAAGAGGAGGAGGAGGAGGAGGAGGAGAAGGAGGAGGAGGAAGUGGUGUGUGAUAAACAUCCAGAAGUCCCUUAUUGGUUCUGUGAAGACGAGCAGAGAGCUGUGUGUCCUGUCUGUGAGUUUUCUCUCCACCAGAGUCACAAGGUGGUUCCUGUAGAACAAGCAGUCAGUGACCUGAAGGAGCAGCUGAAAUCUGACUUAGAGUUUCUACAGGACAAGAGGAGCAAAUACGAGGAAGUGGAGAAAACAUACAGUGAAAUGACUGAACACUCCAAGGAGCAGCUGUUGUCCACAGAGAGGCAGAUCAGAGCAGAGUUCAACAAGCUCCACCAGUUCCUGAAAGAGGAAGAGGAGUCCAGACUGGCAGCUCUGAGGGAGGAAGAGGAGCAGAAGGGGAAGACUAUCAGCAGAGAGAUGAAGAUGAUUCAGGAGCAGAUCUCCUCUCUGUCAGACAGUAUCUCUGCUGUUGAAGAAGACCUGCAGAAACACAACGUGCCGUUCCUCAGCAGUUAUAAAGCCACUCAGACCAGAGCCAGAGCCCAGUGCUCACUGUCAGAUCCACAGCUGCUCUCAGGAGCUCUGACAGAUGUGGCCAAACACCUGGGCAACCUGUCCUUCAGAGUCUGGGAGAAGAUGAAGGAGAAGGUCCACUUCAGUCCUGUCAUUCUGGACCCAAACACUGCAAACCAAUGUCUCCAUCUGUCUGAUGAUCUGACCAGUGUGAGACAUGGGGACACAAAGCAGCAGCUCCCUGACAAUCCAGAGAGAUUCACUAAGUAUGCCAAUGUUCUGGGCUCUGAGGGCUUCAGCUCAGGGAAACACAGCUGGGAGGUGGAGGUGGGAGACCAUCCUGUCUGGAAUGUGGGUUUGACUAAAGAGUCAGUUGACAGAAAGGGAGAGAUAUAUGCUUCACCAAAAUAUGGAGUUUGGUGUUUAUUACAUGAUGAUGAUAAAUACACCAAUGGUGAUGGUGAGACUGUCAAAAUGAAGAAGAGUCUCCAGAGGAUCAGAGUCCAGCUGGACUAUGACAGGGGGGAGGUGUCCUUCUACGACCCUGAAGACACGACUCCCAUCUGCACUCACAGAGACACUUUCACUGAGAAACUCUUCCCAUUUUCCAGUAUUGGAGAAGCUGGUGACGCCAAAACCUCUGAUAUCAAACUGUGUCACACUGAGAUUUCUCUGUGAUGUUCAGGGAUGUUAGUUUUUCUCUCAUGAUGGUUUGAGGUUUAUUACACUCUAAACUCAUCAUCAUCACAUUUAUCAUGUUUUCUUUGGUUCAGAUUUAUUCAUGAUGAUAACUCCUGCUGUUCAUUUUCUUUAUUUGCUUCUCUCUCAGCGUUUAUAUUAAUUAUAUUAUAUUAAUUAAUAAAGAUUCAUAUCCAAUAAAAAGUGAAAACAAACUGCUUAAGCUGUAUCACAUCAUCAGGAGACAAACUUUACAAAUCAGAGCUGUUCAUUAUCCUGGUUCUCAGCAUCUUGUUUUGAGUCAAACAACAUUGUAUAGUAGUUUAUAUCCACUGUCCUGAUGCUCUGACUGUUUCACUUCUGUUUGUUCAUCAACAGUUUUACUUUUUAAUAUUCUGAUUAAUAUUUUGAGGAUUUAAUGAGUUUUAGGUUCAUUUUUUUAUACUUUGGAAACAGGUGUUUUAAUAUUAUUUUAUUUUAAUGUUAUAACUUUUUUGUUGUUUACAUUGUGUACAACCAAAUGUAAAUUACAAUUGUUUAAUUUGUUUCAUCCAUCUGAAUCUCCUUCUUUGCGUUUUUACUUCUCUGUAUAUUCAGUGUUUUCUAUGCGCUGAGCAAAUAUCCUGGUUAAAACAUGAGUUCAUUUGUCCUGAGUUACUUCUAUCAAUAAACCAUUAAAGCUGUGCUGCAGUUUCACAUCUGUACACACAGAAACACAUUGAAUUUUCUAUUUAAAUUGUGAUUUUAUUGAUAACACCUUAACACAUUUUCUUGAAGUUAGAGAAACACGUGUAGCACGUAAGAGAACAGAGCAAUAAUCCGAAGAAUCAGAGAACUACAGGAUUAAUAUUAUUAUACAGAAGAAACCCAAACUGACAAAAAGAGACAGAGGGAAACUAGAAAGAGUCGGCUGCAGAGAAAUGAUUGAAUAAGGUUGAAAACAGAGGGACUGGGGGGGAGAGUGAAAGACACCCUACGAAGAGAAGCCAGCUCAGUGUUGUCAGUGCAACGUAGUCACUGGCUGGAGAAAGAAGAUGGCGGAGGUUCAGAGUGAACGCAGUGGCUCCAGUUUACCUCAGUGAUGCUUCAUCUGACUAAAUACUGCAGCUGACAGGAAGCCGGCAGAGCUCGCACUGACCUCAACAGACUGGAGGAGGACACUUACUGUAGUUUAUAUGUAGAGCUGCACAAUUAAUCAUGUUCAGUCAUGAUUUUAGCUUCGAUGCUUCACACACAAUCAUGAUUCAUCAGUGAUAUUGGAACCAUUGGAGUCAUAACUGUGCAGCCCUGAUCAAUAAUCAUCAUGAAGCUGGUUCUUAUUCUACAGUGAUAAACUGCUGUUGUCUCUGACUGGACCGUCUGUUAGAUUUGACACUAAAGUGAACUUAUACCUCCAUCUGUGUGUUUGGUCUUUACUCUGUGUGACUGCGCCCCCUGCUGGAGCUCAUUCACUCUCUGAGCUGCUUCUAACCUGUCAGUGGGACUCCAGUGCCGUUCCUCUAGUGACAUGCAGGCUCAGUGAAGCAGCGGUCACUCUUGGUGCUGAUGGUCAACAUGUGCUGCUCUCAUGUGUUUCUCUCAGCUCUGUACAAAAGGCAGCCAUUCUGCACUGACAACACAGAGCCCCAUAGAAAAGCAUGCGAAAUAAUCUUCAUCACAUCAUCAUCAUCAUUACCGGUCAACAUCCUCAUAAUCAUCCUAAGUGCCACAGUCAUUAAUAUAAUCAUCCUGAUCAUCAUAAUCAUCUUCAUUAUAUCAUCUGGAGACAAAAAUAGUUAUAUGCACUUAAAAAGCUGAGAAAAUAGAGAAAGGUGGAGUUUACCAGCAUUCAGUAGAAAAUGAGAAACUAAAUAAAAAGGAAAACACCAAAGAACAAGUGUCCUGUUGACUGUCAUGCAAAGAAAACGCCAGCUACUCUGCUAGUUAGCUGCAGUUGUGUAACACUGUGUACUCCCUCAUUUUAAAUAUGUGAAUCUUAUUAUACUGAUUUUCAAGGCUUGUAAACACACUAAGGAGAACAGAAGAACAACACCUUUGUACUGUACAUGCUGCUAUUUCUUCUUUUUCUGGAGGGGGUGGGGUUCAUGUCUGGUUAGCACGAUCCCGCAUGAACGCCUUCAGGUAACCUUUGACCUUUUACUAGUACAUCAGAGUCAACUACACAUGAACAUUGUUACUGUGACAUGAGUACAAUACAACGACUCUGCAGUUCACCUUGAAAAAAACCUUCAUUUGAAGAAAAAAAAAAAAAACCUUUAUCGUCUUAAAAAAAGACGAUGAAGCUUUUGGAGGGAUAGUUCACACAAAAUAUAAUCCUGUGCUAUAUGAGAUUUAAAGUAAUAGAUGUUUCACUCUGGCAAGGUGAUAAUGUGACUUAAGUGGAAGAAAAAAAGGACACCGUAGAACUACAAAAAUAAUGUCAAAGCUAGCGCCAAUCUGAAGUUGCAGAAUAAAAGCUGCAGAAAAAGAAAAAGCAAUUCACACCAUGUUGGUCGUUACAGGAAAACACAUGCAGGAUGCAACUUGGGUGUACUAUCCCUUUAAAAAACAUCAUGUGUCCCUUGAACAACAGACAGUACUUGCACAAGUGCAUGAGAUGUAAAAUAGGCAAAACAAAACAACAAAAAAAAAAAAAAAAAAAAAAAAAAAAAGGAAAACGAAAAAAAGCACAAUAAAAAUUUCCACUAAAAUAAAUAAAUAAAUAUUCAAAAUAAAUAGAAACCUGAGGACUAUUCACCAAACCGACUGCCCGGUCUCCUAAUAUCUUGGUCUGACCAAUAGGGGCGAGACAAAUGUGAAGGCAGCCAAUGGUGGACAAGCAAAGUACAGUGGAGCUCAUCGCGUAUCAAACCCCGAAAAAAUCAGUCUUCAGUGCUGCAAAGUCCAUCCGUUCAAUCCUGCCACCGCUGGCACGAGCACUUUAUAUUUUUAUAUAUAUAUAUAUAUAUAUGAAUAGCUGAUAACACUUUACUGUAACACAAAUCAAAGAGCACGAGAGUAAAAACAUGAAAAACAUUCUGUAAAACAUGAAAAACAAAAACAAAAACAGAUCAAAUCAUAAGAAAAAGAGUCCUGGGUUGAAGGCAGGGGACUGAUAUGUCCUCUGAAAUAAAGCCUCCUCCUUCCAUCGUCUCUUAUACAACACACACCUGCAAAAUCCCCCCCCCCCAGGCUUGUAAAGAAUACACACCGAGAGCAAUGGAUGUACCGUACAUGCUUGCAGACACACACACACACACACACACACACACACACACACACACACACACACACACACACACACACA